UUGCGGGUUUGUUUACAUACGGUUGAGGACCGCUGAAGUGUGACAAGUGACACGGCGCGAAAUUCGAAUUUGUUUGUAUACAGCGUGGAGGCAUGAAAUAUUCAAGGGAAUUGAUCGAAAUGACUCAACGGUGGCGUUAUUAUUUCACAAUUUAUUAUUCAUCGACCUGCAUCUGUUACGUAUUAAAACUAUAAUGUAACUAUAUUAAAAAAAAAUUAAAAAACUUUUACCAAUUUGCACUCAGCCCCAUAUUUUUCAAAACGCUGCGAAUACGGUUACAGAUACAGGAAAAAUGUAAGGAAGAAAGUUGUAGAGAAUUAAAUUUCCUACAAAAAAGUCCGCGAUACCAUAUUUUUAUCUUCAACCAUUUAGGCCCCAAGGUCGUUCAAAGACGCUCAAGCGAUAGAUUUGCGUCAUUUUGCCGGUGGUCAAGUAUUAGAAAGUCAAUUUAUACCUAAACCGUUGAAGAUAGAAAUGUGGACUUUUUUGUAGAAAAUUUAAUUCUCUACAACUUUGUUCCUUACACUUUUUUUGUAUCUUCAACCGUUUUCGCAGCAUCCGCAAAAAUAUAAGGUGGAACGCAAAUUGAUAAUUUUUUGCGCACCGUCGCAUAUUUAUCAAAACGCAGGGAAUACGGUUGAAGAUAUAAAUAUUUUUUUCUCAUUUUGUAUUGCCUUAUUGAAUAAAAAUACAGGUUUCUGUAAUUUUUGUGCAAAUUUGCCCCCCCUGGCAGACCCGCUCGUUCGCCCGCCCCUCGCUCACCCCUUUUGCACAGCCCCCCCGCCGCCAUGCGUCGCAACAGCCGCCACCGCCGCCAACUUUACAACGCCUACGAUCUUGAUUUAAAAAAAUCGGUUGUGAUUUUCGCCGAAGCGAACGGUAACAAGGAGGCACAAGCCCGUUACGGUAUUUCGGAGGCAAAUAUUCGUCGUUGGCGGCGUUUAAAAGACGACCUUUUCGGUAGACCACGUGAUUACGAUCGCGGUAAUUUACGUGUACGUAGACGAGUCAAUUACACAAAAACCAAAACUGAGAAAGAGGAGGAUUGUAGUAGUGUCGAUUCAAUGCCUUUGCAAGAGAGAUUGUCAAAGAUGGCAGCACAGGAAAGAAUCGCCGGUCAAGUACUGAAAAGUCAGCCACUUUCACCGACGAAAUUAAAAGUGACGAGGCAAGCGCCGAGGGCUUUGAAACCACCAGAACCGCCACAAUCGCCGGUUAAUGAAGAGAUGUGUCUGAGGUGGAACAGUCAUCACUCGAAUAUGCAAACGGCCUUUCCUAGCAUUUUAUCGAAGGAACAAUACGUUGACGUAACACUAGCUGCUGAAGGGAAAACGCUCAAGUGUCACAGGUUGAUCCUGUCGUCUUGUAGCCCAUAUUUUGAGGAGAUUUUGAGUGGAAUUAGUCCCUUACAACACCCAGUACUUUUCAUGAAGGACAUUCCUUUUUGGAUUUUGAAAUCCCUGUGCGAUUUUAUGUACGCCGGGGAAGUACACAUUUUUCAGAAUAAACUCGAGGAGUUACUAACCGUAGCCGAGGCACUUAAAAUCAAAGGUUUGGCCGGAAAAUCCACACCCCCUGACCCCCAAUCGGAAAACAAAGAAACGAAAAAAAAGAACAGUCAAGGCAAACAUCACUCGACACCUAUCCGAAAACACCCGAUUUACAAUCAAAACAGUUUCGAAUCGACUAGUCAGGACUACGACGAUGACCUACUAGAUCCCUUAGAUUUACUAGAACCACUGUAUGAGGAGGCAGCCGAGGAGAAAAAACCGGCGGUUACUAAACCGAAAGAGAACAAAUAUCAAUACCAACCGGUUAAAAAACCAUUUGGCAGGCGUUUGAGAAAGAGAAAGUUUUCGGAACCACAAACACGAGAACCGUCUCCACCACCCGUUUUCUCGUUCCGUAAAGGCACCCGUUCCCGUCCUAACGUCAAAAUCCCCAAAUACUACCACCCUGACUAUACUAAUCCCCCAAAACCGGUUAUAAGUUCCCAAACCGAUCCGCUACUUGACGUUGACGAAAUUAAAACCGAACCGAUUGAUGUCGAAGACAACAUGAUUGACUACAGUGACGAAGACCACUAUAUGGAAAAUUCACUUGAAACGGCCAAUUGCGACAGCCCGAUUAUUAUAACGAGUGCUAAACCUGAUAAAUUCAAAAAAAUUAAACUAAGUAAACCGAUCAUAACCGAAGUGCAUUCGGUCAAAGAGACGAAUCCGCCACCUGGCGGUUUGGAAGUGAUUAAACUAACGAUGCCUCAACCGGAAGAGGGGGACAAAGAGGAGGUGGUUCCAGAACCGGAACCGGAACAGGAAGAACCCCUCCAAAAUGUUGUGAUAGAACGUACGGAAGGGGGAGUUGAAGAGACUGAAAAAAUAGUUGAACAUGAAGGUCAAGUGACCGAAAAUGGCGCCGACGAGGAAAAGCAAGAUGGCGAGAGUGAGGUUCCUGUCCAAAACAUACAAAUCGAGAGUGUUGUAAGUGCCGAAAAUGGCGCUGCUUUCGCAGAAGAAGAAGAAGAAGAAGUAAAGCAAGAUGGUGGGGGUGAAAUUCCUGUCCAAAACCUACAACUUGAGAAUGUUACAAGUAGCGAAAAUGGCGCCGAAGAAAAACAAGAUGGCGAUAAUGAGGUUCCUGUCCAAGUUAUACAAAUUGAAAACGUUCGAAGUGAACAAGACCAAGAGUUUCAAGAGGAAGAAGAAAGAAGAACAGCAUCGUUGAAUCAUCUCGAAAAGGAGGCCAUGAGUGUUGCUGAUGCUAUCACUAUGGAGAAUCAAACCGAUCCACCUGAUAUCGAGGAAAAAGUGUAAAACUUGUAACACUAAUUAUUAAGGGUUUUAAGCGUCUACAAUUUUGUAAAUAAGAAUUUGUUUUAUUUUAGUACAGGAAAGUGUAUUGUUUUAUUCAAAUAUUCGUUUUUUAUAAUUGUAACUAGAGUGUAAUAACAUGGAUAAUAAUGAUUAAUUCGUGCUUUGCUUUCCUUUUCCUGUUGAAUAAUGAUUGGAUAUGUGAUAAUGUGGAUUUUGGCACAAUAAAAACGAUUUGAUAUUUGAA